UUCUACGUAACCCUUCUUGCGCUGAGUUAGUCAAGACAAUAACAAUACUCUAGAAUAAAAACACAUGAACACACUAUGGACAAGUACAUUCUCGUCUGUGUCCUGCUGUUGAUACUGGUGGAGAUGCUCUGUGUGACAGCUGUAUUUACAGCAGACUGGAUUGUCUCCUAUCAGUUUGGUCGGCUGCGACACGGGCUCUAUCAUUUCUGCCACACCUACCCAGGGGAGGAGGAGUCCUGUGAGUUCCAGUACCAGCACAUAGCCUGGACCACCAGCUCUCUCGGUAUCGUUGGUGCUGUGGGGGUUAUCGCCAUCAGCAUCAGUUUCCUGGUCAUCAACCUCAAGAGGGAUUUACCUGCCUUCGCUUCUACAGGCAAAUGGGUGGCACUGAUUGGACUGAUGCUGCUCUGUGUUGUGGGGAUUGUCUUCCCUCUAGGUUUCUCAGCCAGUGAGUUUGGUGGACACUCGUACCUCCUCACCAGCCCCUACCAAGUGGGAUACUCGUACGUGCUGUUCAAUGUUGCCAUAGUGACAGGGAUAGCAGCAAUGGUUGUGGGCAACAAAAUGUUCUGGCCAUUCUUCUCACGAUUCUUCAAUGCAGUCCGAUGAAACUGAACACUGCGUUUUGUUCAACAUAUAAUUAUACUGCUCUCAUUUUUAACUAUGAUCACUCAAUCUCUCAUCAUUCACUCAUUGAACGUAAUUAUUCCUUGUGCUUUAAAAUUGAUUCGUGAGAGCUAUA